AUGAGGCUCACGGCAGAGCUCAUCAAAGACUCCCUCUCCUAUCUGAAUCCGCUGAAGGAGCGUGAACUCGAUCUCCGAGGACACAGAAUACCUGCCAUUGAGAACCUUGGCGCUGCCGGUCCGCUCGAUUCGAUCGACUUGACCGACAAUGACAUUAAUAUCCUGGGCAACUUCCCCCUUUCACCGCGAAUCACCACCCUCCUCCUAGCACGUAACCGCAUCGCGUCGAUUCAACCAACGCUACCCAACUCGAUCCCGAACCUGCGCCAUCUCGUUUUGGCGUCAAAUCAGCUCGCCGAAUUGUCGGAUCUGGACGUCCUAGCAGGCCUUUCUCUCUUGACGCAUGUCGUGCUGCUCGAUAACCCCGUAGCCAAGAAGGAGAAUUACCGAUACUGGGUGUUGUGGCGGUGUCCCGGCAUCCGGUUCCUCGAUUACGCAAAAGUUAAGGAUGCCGAGCGACGGAAGGCGGCCGAGCUAUUCGGCACAUCGGAACAGCCAACUGAGCUGGCUUCUCAGAUCAUGGGAAUCAAGUCAAAGGCAGUCGAUAUGAGCGGCGGUCACCAGGGCCCAGCGCCAACGCGGUUGUCUCGCAUUAAGCUCACAGAGAAGGAGAAGAAGCGACUAAGGGAAAUGAUCAAGAACGCGGACAGUCUGCAGGAGAUUAUCCGGUUGGAGAAGAUGCUUAGUGAAGGAACGCUGCCUCCCGGAGUGCAUAUCGAUACAGACGCGAUGGAGGAAUAA